UAGAUCAGCCUCCAGACUGUUGGUAGAGACAGAGGAGGAUCACCAUCGGAUCCAGCUGAUAAUGACAUGCGGGUGGAGUCUGUUUGAUGCUUCCAAGGGUCCGCGGCAAUACUAGAGUGAGAUCUUAUGAUGUUGUUUAAUGAUAAAGCCGGAGCUGUCUGUUAUGAUGAUCAAUUGAUAAGACCAAUGUGAUGAUAUAACGUUGAUGUUCCCCUCACUAACACGUGCAUAAAACGAUAUCAGAGGAUGACAGGAUAUCCAACGAUGAGCACAUGAUACUACGUAAUUGUAGCGCGGCAAAGAACGCACAUGUUGACAGAGUACGAAGAAAAAAAAGGAAAUACUAUAGAGAGAGUUUAAUUUGUGAUAUCCACGUUUCCUACAAAAUCCAGACUAUGGGCCUCUCUGGUGGAUACAGUUCAAGAAGAUAGAACAUCAAGUCUGAGAAAUAAUAAUGUAAGAUAACGGAGACAUCUUAAUUUAUGCAUGCCUAUUAUAAAACAGAAAGGUUUACUAAUUUUAUUAAUGCUUGACGUAAGAUAUAAAUAUGUCCAUACAUGCGAGGAACUUUACAAAGUUAGCCUGACUAACUGAUGGCUUAACCACAAUCGAUCGAGCUUUUUCUAAUAAGAUGCACGAGAAUAAUGAUACAAAUGAUACAAGAGAGUACAACGCAACAGAUGCCACCGAGUCUAUUUUGUACACUAUACUGAUGAAUGAUCUUGUGACAGUUUCCACAAACAUGCCAAGUACAAUCUACAACGACGUGUCCACGACAGCGUAUGUAGAGUUGCCGCAGGACAGCGAGAAUAAUCAACGGUUGUGGAAUAUAUCCAAAACCGCAAUAACUUCACUGUCUGAACCUACAGCGAUAUCGUUUAACACUACAAGAAGCACUACAAUAUAUACACCAACAACAGAAUCGUUUGAUGAAUUUGGUCCGCCGGAAGGAGUAGAAUAUAUUUUUGUACCACUUGGUGUAGUGGUUUCUGUUAUUAUACUAUCAGCUGUGGUAUGGGUACUGAUUAUAUCGAGAAAGCGCAAGUUGGAGCGUUUAAGACACAGACUCAUGCCAAUGUACAACUUUGAUCCUGGAGAAGAAGAGGAAGACGACUGGGAGACCGAACUGUUGGACGAGUGCUACAAUACACAUCAGAAACGAAUUAUUUCGUCUCCGAUAAGAUGAACAAAGCGCGCCGACUAAUACAAGGACUGAGUCAUCUGUGUUUACACAUGUAUAUGUUGUGCGGUUAAUGUGAAAAUAAUUACUUGCUAUACAAAUAAUCAUUUGAUAUUGUCCAUCAAAUGUAUCGCUUGUGAAUAUGUCCUUUAUAUUCGCGACUAAUCUUUUAAAAUCUCUUAGUGCUACAUAUUAGCAAAAUAAUUAUGAUGAAACAAAUACUUAUCUAU